GAAAACAAGCAUCACUUGUGAUGAGAAGGUGGAAGAAGACAAGCAUCAAAAAGUAAGAAGAAAGACAACAACUCUUACAAAACACUCGUUGACUUUCAUUGGUUGAGUGUCUGUUACAGACCAAACAAAACAAACCGCCAUUGUUAAGUGCUCAAUAAUAAGACGCAUCUCCUUUCUUAUUACCAAAUGUCAAAAUGUCUGAAUUGCCCAUCCACCGAAGGACUCUUUGCGUCAUCUUCACAAUAAUCUGUGAUAGCUUUCCUUGUACCACACGAUCCAUAAGUCUCAUCUAACAUCAAAGAGAGAGAGAGAAGAAGAAGAAUCCUAAUCCUAACUUGGAUUCAUUUGAUCUUUUAACCGAUGGCUUCUCUCUGUGUGAACGAUGCUUUAACCGAUGACGAGCUGAGAUGGAUACUGUCGAGGCUGGAUACAGAUAAAGACAAGGAAGUGUUCGGUCUUGUCUGCAAGAGGUGGCUUUAUCUGCAGAGCACAGACAGAAAGAAGCUGGCGGCGCGUGCUGGUCCACACAUGCUUGGACGUCUCGCAUCGAGGUUUACUCGGAUCGUGGAGCUUGAUUUGUCUCAGUCAGUGUCGAGGUCUUUUUAUCCAGGUGUCACUGACUCUGAUCUUGCUGUUAUAGCUGAGGGGUUCAAGUGCCUUAGAGUGUUGAAUCUGCAUAACUGUAAAGGUAUUACAGAUACUGGUUUGGCUUCAAUUGGACGAUGUCUUUCUCUUCUGCAGUUUCUUGAUGUAUCAUACUGCAGAAAGCUCUCAGACAAAGGAUUAUCAGCCGUUGCACAAGGCUGCCAUGAUCUAAGAGCAUUGCAUCUAGCUGGUUGUCGUUUCAUCACCGAUGAAACAUUAAAAUCACUCUCUGAGAGAUGCCGUGAUCUCGAAUCUCUCGGGCUUCAAGGCUGCAGCAAUAUAACUGAUUCAGGCCUUGCUGAUCUUGUGAAGGUUUGCAUAAAGAUAAAAGCUUUGGAUAUCAAUAAAUGCAGCAACGUGGGAGACGCUGGAGUUUCCUCUGUGGCUAAAGCUUGUGGGUCUUCACUCAAGACGCUAAAGUUACUGGACUGUUACAAAGUUGGGGACGAGUCUAUAACGUCCCUGGCUAAGUUCUGUAAGAAUUUGGAAACGUUGAUAAUCGGUGGAUGUAGAGACAUCUCUGAUGAGUCUGUUAUCUUACUGGCGGAUUCCUGUAAAGACAGUCUCAAGAAUUUGAGGAUGGAUUGGUGCUUGAAUAUAUCUGACUCUUCCCUUACCUGCAUUCUUAAGCAGUGCAAGAACUUGGAGGCUCUUGAUAUCGGUUGCUGCGAAGAGGUUACAGACAAUGCUUUUCAGGAUUUGGGGAGCGAAGAUAUUUUGGGAUUGAAGGUUUUGAAGGUGAGCAACUGCCCUAAGGUCACAGUUGUAGGGAUAGGGAAGCUUUUGGAGAAAUGUAGCUCUCUGGAGUAUUUAGAUGUAAGGUCUCUUCCACAUGUGACUGAAGUAAGAUGCAGUGAAGCUGGACUCGAGUUCCCCACUUGUUGUAAAGUUAACUUUUCUGGAAGUUUAAGCGAGCCUGAUGUUCUGCUUUGAACUCUAUGGUGUGCCCUAAACCCUCUCUAUCUUUCUCUGUCUCUGUCUAGUGUAUGAGUGCAUUCAUGGCUUAUGGUCCACCUGUGAGUCCUCUCUGAAGCUUUUGUACAUUAUUGUGCAUUGUAUAAUUGGUUGUGACAGGCUCCUUUAUUAUUAUUAUUCAGUUGCUUUGCCAAGUGUGUGUUUGUAAGACUCUGAUUCUCUAUGUAUUACAAUGGAGCAAAGUGUGUUUGUCCUAAAGCUUUUGUUGUGAUCAAUGAAGCUCUAUGAUUUGCAUUUUGUUGAAAUGCUAUGAGAUCUCAGGACUAUGAGGAAAUUUCAUGUAUGUUUACGUACAGUGGUUCAAGUUAAGGUUGCCUACUUUUAUGCAACUUUCAACGUUUAUAGGAUCAGCUAAAUAUAUAUUCACCACUGGGAAACACUGUGUUUGUACAAUAUUGUAUGUCUUUUUCUAGGCUCUCUCCUAACUAUUGCUCAUGAUUGUUUAGCGCAUGCUCGAGACAGUUGAAAGCUUUCUGGUAGCUCAAGAACCCCAUGAACCAGAAGUCAAAGCCAUCAACCGUGACUACUUCAAGGUACUUCUGAGAUGGCUUCUUUGUGUCCAUACUCUGGUUUACUCCAUUGAUCUUGCACAAAGGGAUGGACACUUUGUAGUGAACCCUCAACUUUUCUCCCUGAGGUGAAGCCACUUUGAUAGAUCUCUCGCUGCAGAAAGCAAUCUUCUUUGAUGAGAUGAAUAGUAGGCCUGCGAUGGGACCUGCUGUUGUUGAUAGGUAACAUUGGUAGGUUUUGAAGAGUUUCUCUUCGUCAUGGACUCUAAAGAGCCGUUUAUAAAUCUUCUCUAAGCCUCCCAUUUGAAGGAUCUUAGCUCC